CUACAUGUAAGGCAGCACAAUCACAUAUAAACCUGUAAUUGUUGUGUAAGCUGUUACUUGGGCUCAGCAUGGAUUCCCUUAGAUGACUUUUAAUUUUAUAUUUUCAAUUAAAAAGAAUCUGACAAACUAGCUAACCUGUGUUGUUUCCUGGAUGCCAGCACGUGCAGGAACUCAAACAUAUGUCGAGGGUGAGGCAUAGAACAGGAAGUAUUCUCUGAACCACAUAUGCUUUGAUUCUGUUUCUAUCUAUUCUAUCUCACACCCAGCAAGAGAAGGAACUGUACUAACUGUCCAGAAGACAAUGGCGAACGCAUCUUGUCAAGAUAUCAGUUUUGACUUUACAGGCAGAUUCCUACCUCCUGUUUACAUCUUAGUCUUCAUCAUUGGUCUGGGAGCUAAUGGAUGGGGAUUGAAGUCUUUGCUGCAGAAAUGGAAGAAACUGGGCAUUGUUAAUGUGUUUGUUCUCAACCUCGGACUUGCUGAUAUUUUGUACCUGCUCACAGUCCCCUUUUUGGUGGUGUACUACUUUAAGAACAAGUGGAUCUUUGGAGACGCAUUCUGCAAGAUAACAAGAUUCUGCUUCAACCUGAAUUUAUAUGGCAGCAUCGGGUUCCUUACCUGUAUAAGUGUGUACAGGUACCUGGCUAUUGUCCAUCCAAUGAGAGUGAUGGGAAGAAUAACUGUCACUCACUCUGUGGGGAUCUCAGUCAUGGUUUGGUUCUUGGUGAGUGUUCAAAGUCUUCCAGACAUGUUCUACAGCAAAACAUGGGGAAACAAGUCUGGGAAAUGUUAUGAUACUACCCAUAAGAGAUAUGUGGAUGAUUACCUGAAAUACAGCCUUGGAUGGACAUUUACUGGGUUUUGUAUCCCAUUGCUCAUCACACUGGGCUGCUAUGGACAUGUGAUUGUCGUUCUCUGCCGCACAAAUACCACUGACAAGGUACUGAAACAGAGAUGCUUGAAGUUGUUGUUCAUCGUGAUUCUUCUCUUCUCUGUUUGUUACAUCCCCUAUUAUGUACUGAAGAACCUCAACCUCUGGUCAAGAGUUCUGCAAAAACAGAAGAUAUGCCGUGAAUGGUCUAAUGGAGUCUACAUUGCUCAUCAGAUAAGUCGUGGCCUUGUGUGUCUGAACAGUGCUCUCAACCCUCUGGUUUACCUCCAUGGAAAUGAAGAUAUUCCUGCUCAGCUCAGACGACGACUCCAGCAAGCUCGUAAAGCUGUCAUGCGUCUCACCCCUAGUCAAGUUCCACUGGUCGAAUUGUCUAAUAUGUGAAUGAAAUUGAAUUAUUGUAUUGCAUCAUCUUGUUCUGGGUCAAGGUUUAUAUCUAAGUUAUGGUCAUAUUGUUAUUAACACGCUCAAAAAGACUCAGAUUAAAAAAAGGAAUUUCAUUUAAGAUUGUUAUUAUUUGAAAAUGUCACUGUUCACUUUCAGAAAGGUUUGCUGAGAGAACGUGACCAUGUUUUGUGAUCGGUGGCUCAGUGCUAUGCAUUAUCUCUUUGGAUUUAAACAGGAAGUUCAUAGUGUGAACUUGUAAAAAUAAACAGUGUAAAAAUAAACAGGAUGCAAACU